GGGGAAUCGUGCUUUCUGCUCUGACCCGCGUACACUGUCAACUCAACUCGCUCAGAGUUCGUUGUGGACGCCAUGCUCAUACACUCUCAGAGAGAGCCCGUGAGGGUGAGUUGGUUUCAGCCAGGCCAUGGGAGGGACGACGUCACCUGAUACUCUUGGUGGGUAUCAAUUAGAGUGUGUCGUUUUCCCCCCUACCCUACACAACAGGCGGCCAUACUGUACUCGCUGGAGCACUACUGUCACGAGAGCGCCGUGUUUCUUGCCGAGAGACUGUAUGAUGAAGUAGGUGACGUGGAGUCGCUCUACCUCCUGGCCACGUGUCUCUACCACAGCAGGAGACUUCAGCAGGCCCGUCAUCUCCUCUCCAAACUCCGCCCAUCCUGCCACGCCCCUUCCAACCUCCUCCAUGCCACUAUCUGUCUUGACCUUGACGACCCUAAUGGUGCACUGCUGGCUCUGCAGUCAUUCCUGUGUUUCAAAGAGAGCAGUGAGGCUGAUGUUGCAGCCUACUACUCCAGCGAUGCUGCCGUUGCCUUCUGGCUCCUGGGCCGUAGUUAUAGACUAUUGCAUAAUCACAGAGAGGCCGCACGGCACUUCCGUUCCUGUCUCAAGUUUAACCCUUUCCUCUGGAGUGCCUUUGAGGCUCUUACCUCCAUGGGAGAAGCCGUCUCUCCAGAAGAGUGUUUCACAUUGAACGAGUACCCUCCCUUCCUCCCUCCUCUUCUCUCGGCCGAAGAGUGUCCCCCACACCCUCCCCACCCCUCCUCCUCCUCCCUCCCUCACUCCUCCUCCUCCUCCUCCCUCCCUACAACCACUGCUGAGCUCCGACCCAGUGAGAACUGUGUUCCUCACACGCCUGACGACAGACUCUCCCUGGCCGGGAAGAAACCCAGUGCUUUCACCCCAGUCGACACUAACCGUGUCGGGUACGUGACCCCCGACCUCUUUGCUGAGCCCGGCGUCGGUAAAGCGGUUGCGUCGUCCACUCCGUUACCUCGAGCCUUGGCAUUCACGAGGGUGACGUCGUGCGACUCAUCUUCGGGGACCGCCAGUGGUGUCAUUGUCGGAGGGGGAGGGGGUGGUGGAGAGGGGGGCAGGAUCGGUGUGGGCGGGGCCAACACACGCCCGGGCGGUGCAGGUAUGGAUGUAGGGAGCGUGAGGAUGGUCCUGGAUUUUGGCUCUGGACCGAAGAGCUCCAGAACUGGAGGAGGAGGGGGAGGGAGUGAGAGUUGGGGUAACACUCCAGUGUUUGGGGUACUCCCUGCGUCAUCCUCCGUGGCUCCAUCAGGUCCUUCCUCUGGUGGGUGUGGUCAGGGCCCAGCCACAUCCCCUGGUCUCACUCCUGAGGUGGUGUCACAGGUCUCACCGUCCUGGUCGGCCCGACCGUCUCUCUUCACCAGGCAACUCCUCACUGCACCCGUCGCUCCCAAAAAGAGAGUUUCGCACACCAUCCCUCCACCAGCAUUCAAAUUCCCCUUAACUCCAGACGUCCAUGACUGCAUGUCCGACGUCACAAUACCGACCAAUCAGAUCACUCCCUCCUGGUCACGCGACGCGUUCGUGACACCUCCCCCGAUCUCGUCGGAGGGGAGCCCCCCUGUCGUCACCGUGGAUAUUGGCAAGUCCCACCAGUCGUCAAAGUUACCCCUGAAGAGUGCGCUCCGUCGCAGCGAGAGGUUGCGCAAGUCAGGAACCGGUGUCUCGUGUUCUGUACAGAGAAAAGUCAGCAUCAGCAAUCUUGUCCAUAGCAGCAAUGCCUCCAAGUUUCGACACAAGUCAGGGACCAGGGAUGGAGAGAGGUCUCCAAGGAAGGGCUCUAGUAGGAGUGUGUCUGGAGGGUCACCGGUGACCAGUAGAGGCAGCAGCAGUCCCAGGAAGUCCAGCUCGGGUCUCAAGACUGGAGUGAGUGUUGGUGGUGGGGGAGGAGGGAGGGGAGGAGGGGGAGAGGGUGAGGGAGGAGGAGGAGGGAGUGGGGAGAUGGGAGGAAGGAAGGAAGCAGCACUCAGACUGGCUGAGCAACAGGCCAUGGCCAGCAUAGGAUCACUGAUGAAUCUCCUCCAGCAAGUCGGGACUGCGUACCAGUGUCUCCACGGCUACGACCUCGCGACCUCGCUGCGCUGUUUCCGGUCCCUCCCGCCUCGUCACCGCUCGUCGGCCUGGUGUCUGAGUCACAUGGCCCGAGUCUACCACUCGGGGGAGAGGUACAGAGAGGCCGCCAAGCUCUUCAGAGAGGUUCACAGCAUUGACCCUCAUCGACAGGACGGUAUGGAGUUGUUUGCCUCGUGUCUGUGGCAUCUCCGUUGCGACGUGGAGCUGUCCGUCCUCACCGACUCACUCCUGACCUCUGACCCCAGCCGAGUGGAGGGGGCGUGUGCCAAGGCGACCUCUCUGAACCUUGCGAGAGACCACGAGGGAGCCGUCAAGUGCCUCCAAAGAGCCAUUUCUCUAUCUCCAAGGUUUCCCUAUGCCCACACUCUCCUCGUCACGAGUAUGUGAUGCUUAAAGACUUUGAGAAGGCAAUGUCGUCAUUCCAGACUGCUGUAUCCCUGGAUCCAAGACACUACAAUGCAUGGUACGGCAUGGCCCAUGUCUGCUUCUCGCAGGAGCGCUACAAACUGGCAGAGGUGUACAUCUCAAAGGCUCUGGGGGUUAACAAGUCCAGUGCCAUCUGUUGCACACAGCUAGCUCUGGUGCAGUUUCGCCAGAGGAACCACGUGGGGGCCCUGAGACUGCUAGAUACUGCAGCCCAGCUCUCCCACUCCAACCCAAUCCCUCGCUUCCACAAGGCCAAGGUCCUCGAGUCUCUCGGACAAAACGAGGAAGCUCUUCAGCAGUUGGAGGAGUUGAGUCGAAGUUGGCCGAAAGAACCCAACAUCUACAUCAGCAUUGGCAAGCUCCUCAAAAAGCUGAAGAGACCACACGAAGCAGUCCUAAACUUCUCAUGGGCACUCGACUUCAGUCGCCACGGCACCAACUCCCACAUCAGGGAAGAGGUGGACGAGAUGUACCAGGUGAGCGAGGCCGAGGGCAGAAACGCAGAGGACGACUUUUUCGUUCAUCACUCGACCUCCGAGGACCCAAGUCAGCUGGAGGAGGAAGAGGGGGGAGGAGGAGGAGGAGGUGGAGGAUAUGCACGAGGGGGGAGGCGGGAACUGAUAAAAAUAGAAUCACGUGACUUAGUUUUAGCAUCCUUGAAUGGUAUUGUCUCUCUAAGUGUGUUGAGAAAACUUUCAUUUGCAGUGAAAAAUAAUCACAUGCCUUGCAUCACCGUGACUUACAUUGUGUGG